AGUGCGGACGUGAUGGGAAUCAGGUGCGAGAGGCAGAGUGAGGCCGCGGCGGAACAGCGACAACAGCCGCAGCGAUGAGCCGCGGCUUCCGCUCCGGUAUCCGCGCGCACAUCUAUAUGUGUUGUAUAUAAACACCGGCGGAGCGGCAGUAGAGGGGGAGCAUCAUGCGGCUGUUGCGGUAUCUCAUGAAAAACCCCACUCCCACCCAGAUCGAGUAUUACUCUCGCUUCUCCCCUUCCCCGUUGUCCAUCAAGCAGUUCCUGGAUUUCGGUCUUGACAAUGCAUGUAAAAAGACCUCUUUUAUGUUCCUGCGAAAAGAGUUACCAGUCCGAUUGGCUAAUACUAUGAGAGAAGUAAAUUUGUUGCCUGAUAACCUGCUGAGAAUGCCCUCUGUAGGACUUGUACAAAGCUGGUACAUGCAGAGUUUUUUGGAGCUUCUAGAGUUCGAGAGCAGAAGUCCUGCAGAUUCCCAAGUGUUGGAUGAUUUCCUCGAAUCUUUAACUAAAAUUCGAAAUCGGCACAAUGAUGUGGUGCCAACCAUGGCUCAGGGGGUUAUUGAAUAUAAGGAGAAGUAUGGCUUUGAUCCAUUUGUCAGCAGUAAUAUUCAGUACUUCCUGGACCGUUUCUACACCAAUCGCAUCUCAUUCCGGAUGCUUAUUAACCAGCACACUCUACUCUUUGGUGGGGACACAAAUCCAGCACAUCCACAUCCGAAGCAUAUUGGAAGUAUAGACCCAAACUGCAAUGUGGCUGAGGUUGUUAAAGAUGCAUAUGAGACUGCGAAGAUGCUAUGUGAACAGUACUACAUGGGAUCCCCAGAUUUGGAGAUUGAAGAAUUUAAUGCUAAGACACCUGUGAAGCCUAUUCAAGUGGUGUAUGUGCCCUCGCAUCUCUUCCACAUGCUAUUUGAAUUAUUUAAAAAUUCAAUGAGAGCGACUGUGGAACUUCAUGAGAACAGAAAAGAAGGAUAUCCACCUAUCAAAGCUUUAGUCACGUUGGGGAAGGAAGACUUGUCUAUUAAGAUUUGCGAUAAAGGAGGUGGUGUUCCUCUGCGAAAGAUUGAUCGUCUAUUUAAUUACAUGUACUCAACAGCCCCCAGUCCCACCCUGCAUCCAUCGAGGGCUGCUCCUCUGGCUGGAUUUGGAUAUGGUUUACCAAUCUCCCGACUGUAUGCUAGGUAUUUUCAAGGGGACCUUAAACUCUACUCGAUGGAAGGUGUGGGAACAGAUGCAGUCAUCUAUCUAAAGGCUCUGUCAAGUGAGUCAUUUGAACGUCUUCCUGUUUUCAAUAAAUCAGCCUGGCGACACUACCAAACCACUCCAGAAGCAGACGACUGGAGUAAUCCCAGCAGCGAACCCAGGGAUGCAUCCAAAUACAAAGCCAACAGAUAAUUUAGUUCCAUCCCUAAACUGGUGACCAGAAUUUUGUCCUCUGUAGAAACUCAAGUUUUACUUGUCUGUUACUUUGGAUCUAACAACACCAGAUGGCCAGUAAAUAGUUCUAUUGAUUGUUGAAGCUUCUAUCUGGACAUGUAUAGCACUUAUGAACAAAGAUUCAGACUGAAAAGACUUGUUAUAAAUGCAGUUUUGCACUUCAGAUUGUACUAGAUUUUUUUAAAUGUGUGAUAUGGGUAUUCUUUAACCUGUGUCAUUAUGUGAUUAAAUAUAUUGUGUGGAAGUUUGCUCAGAAAUAUUGAAAAAGGAUCCUCCACAAUGGCAGAGUGAUUGCUCAAAAUGUACUUUUUAGAACAGGCAACAUUAUUUCAGAAAACUAGACUUAGGAAAAGUGCACAGAAACAAUUGAUUUGUUAAUAGUAGACAAUGGCUAGAUUCACAAACCAUUUAUUUAAGUUGCAAUAUCCCCUGUGUUAGACUCAUGUUUUUGCUUGCUUUUUAAAGCUGUUAAAUUCCAGCUAAAAGUAUUUCUGUGGUACCUAUGUGUUUAAUAGAUACCUGAUUUUACAAAUAUUUUAAAGAGUAGGAAAUGCACAGAACAGUUCUGAUGAACAUGUGUGCCAAUUUUUAAUGUAAAUCAAAAGAAAUCUUCAAGAAUCUUAUCCUAAUAUUGUCUUUCACCUUUAGGACCAGUUUUCUGCCAGACUGGGCAGAUAGAGUGAAGCUCUUCUCUUGAGAGUUGUAAUUCUUGCCCGAUUUUAGCUUGGCCAUUCCCAGUGUAGUUUCCAAUAGGUGCAAAUCUAAAUAACAAAAUUGCUCAUAGGUUGGUGUUAAUCCAAUGGGGGGAGGGGUUCAGGGAUAUCUAAAACAGUGUUGCAAUAGUGAAAAUGUAUUUCUUCACCCCCCUGAUAAAUAUAAAUUAGUCCAAAAUGUACAACAAUGACAACAAUGUGCAUUUAUAUGGCAUCCUUCAUGUGGGUAACAUUUCAGAGCGGUUGUAAAAUAUAUUUACAAUAUAGAGAAUUUAUUUGAAAGAUGACCAAGUGAAUUAUUAAUUGAUUCAGCAUAAGAGAUGUUGUAAGUUUUAAUAUUUGCAUCCUUCCGCAAUACAUGAAAUAUUGUGCCAAUACAAUAUGGAUUGUAAUAGGCUAGACUGUCAUGAACAUGUUCACAUGGUGCCCUUUUCUAACUGAUUUAUUUAUUUGUAGCAGCUGGGAAGCAAAAUUAUUAUAAAGUUGUCAAUCAAAGGUUUCCUUGGUUCUCUGGUCAGGUUUUAUUUCACCUGAAAGAGACUUGUUGUUAUGAAAGUUUGUAUUACAAAAUCUAUCAGUCGCAAACAUAAUCUCUAUACUAUCUGAAAUGGAUGUUUAGUCCAAAUUAUGCUGUUUUUGAUGCACACUCUUGCAGUUACACUUUAAGCACCAAUUCAAUGCAGUGCUCAAGGUAGAGAGAUUCAGAAUCUGCAAUUAUUAAACAGCCAGAACGUCUGUCAGCUUACUAAUAAUUUGAAAAGCUCAAGGUAACCCAAUAAAGCAAACUUUGCAGCUUAAAUUAUUAGUUUAAAAGUUGACUUUAAUUUGGCUGUAAACAGACUGAAGUUAAAACAGCGAUUCAUUCAUAUCAAUUCAACAAGUACUACAUGGAGAUGGAUUCACGUGUUCACUGAAAAGCUACCAGUUAAACCCCAGUUUGUUUUACACUUUUAGCAUUGAUUGAAACUGUAUCAAAUCACACAGAUUUAGUAGGAUAAUUUCAGCAUAGGAAAAGCGAGUUAUUAAAGAAGUGAAAAGAUGACCUGUUCAAUAUGACCUGUACAGUGAGGGGGGGUUGCAUCUCUGAAUCUGAAUAGUUGUUUAUAAUGGUUUCUGAAAAGCUCAGUCACUAAAAGUCAGCAUUCACCUGAACCCGCCUUGCACAAAAGUUGAGAAAGCAGUGAGAUUGAAUGGAGAAUACAAGACCAUAAUUCUGUUUUCCACAAGGCCUGGAAAUGGUCUCCAGAUUUCCAAAGAAAAUUCUGUCCCUUCUGCUGCCCUUCAACCAUUGUACGUUUGGAGGUAUCAUGCUUUUAGUGACACAAUCCAAGUCUAUGCAUGACAAAUAUUAUUUUAAAAGUAACAUUUCUUUCCCAGUCCCAACUCCUGAUAGUCUAAAGUUUCUGGUCGUGCGGUACUAUUACAUUAUAUUUUACUAAUGUGAUGGUAUUUUCGGUGUAUCAACCUCUUAAUAUGAUGCUUUAAAAAAAGUCAAGGAAUAUUUGGCGAGUGGUAACAAAGAUUCUAGGUUGUAUUGUUAGAGAAGAGCAAAUGUUGGGCAGUAAAUUUAAGGCUGUAGUUCAGUCUGAGUUCUGCUGAUUAUAAACCAUGAAAAUAAUGUAUAAUCAUUUGUUUUGUGCCUCACUCCAUCAUCUUAAACUGUGUUCUGUAAAAAUGUAAAGUUCUAUAAAUAUAUAACUUAUUUUUGGAACAUUUGUGUCCAUAUAGCUGCAUUAGCAGUCUCUGUGGAUCAUUAUAAUUGUUUUGUGCACUCCUUUGCUUGUAAAAGAUGAACCCUCCAGUAAAGGAAAAUCAACUUUGAUAUACAUGUGAGGAGCCUGAUGCUCCUUUGAUACAUAUCUCUAGUAUAUGACCGAUAUCAAUAUCGGAGUAACCAUGAAAUGCUGUGUACACACCUUGUUUGUUUCACUCCCAGUUCUUCAAAUGCUAAUUCUAAACGCUAGUAUUGGUGUUAAAAUUUACACAAUGAUCUGCUGAUUAGAAUAAUGUAAAUAAAAAAUUGGUUUUGCUUUUCAAAUUGA